AACAAUAAUUAAAUAAUUUAAUAUUUAAAUAAAUAAUGAAUGAAUUAAUGAAUUAUGAGUUGAUUUAAAACAAAAAUAUGUGUAUUAUAUAAAUUAGUUCAAACAAACUGUCAAUAAAUAGAAUAGAAUAAAUAGUUUGUCUUAUGUAUUUAAUGGGAUAAAAGACUAAUUAAGUACUGAGUGAUAUAUUAUUGUGAAUUAAAGGUAUAGUUUAUGAUAAAACGUGUUUUUAGUGAUAAUGUCCGAAAGUUCGGAUCAAUUGUCAUCACCAAGUAGUGAUUGUAAUAGUCAAAUGGGUCACAGAAGUACCGGAUCAAGUCAUACUGGAUAUAAUAACAUUAUGUCUGGAUUAUCAUUGAGCCUUCAUCAGCAACAAGGUAAUGGUAUUAGUCCAAGUUCACGUUAUACUCAAGAACAAUCUAAUUGUACAAAUUCGGUUGAUGUUUCAACGAGUAAUAUUAAUGUAGGAAACUCAUCAGUCAGUAAUAAUUCGACUAAUUUUACAUCCGAACAAAUAUCAUGUAUGUGUGAAGCUUUAUCGCAGAGUCAAGAUAUUGAAAAAUUAACCAGAUUUCUUUGGUCUUUACCGCCGGGUGAAUUAUUACGUGGUGAUGAAAGUGUACUUAUGGCUCGUGCAGCAGUGGCUUUUCAUCGUUGUGCUUUUCAUGAGCUUUAUUCAAUCCUUGAAAGUCAUCCAUUCUCACCCCGACGGCAUCCGGAGCUUCAACAAAUGUGGUUUAAAUCGCAUUACAGUGAGGCUGAAAAAAUUCGUGGUCGGGCUUUGGGUGCUGUUGAUAAAUAUCGUCUUAGGAAAAAAUACCCUCUGCCUAAAACAAUUUGGGAUGGUGAAGAGACAGUCUAUUGUUUCAAAGAACGAUCGAGAAAUGCACUUAAAGAGUGUUAUACCAGAAAUAGGUAUCCGACGCCAGAUGAAAAAAAAAGUCUUGCUAAGAAGACUGGACUUACUCUCACUCAAGUGUCUAAUUGGUUUAAAAAUCGCCGACAACGUGAUCGCACGCCGCAAGCAAGGCCAGAUAUGCUUUCACUCAAUUGUCAGAAUAACAAUGGUAAUAUCAGUGGUGGCAAUAAUACUGGUAACACAGGUAGUGGUCAUCAGCCUCUUCAGUCACUGGAGUCUGGUAGUCCUAAUUUAGCCAAUUCACCUAUUUCAACAAUGGGUAUGUCACCAGUUGGAAUGAACCCCUGCAGCCCGAUGGGUUUAAGUCCAAUGGGUCCGCAUCAUCAUAGCUAUACUUCACCCGUAACACCAUCAUCGAUACACUCUGCGCACCCUUCUAAUGGAGGACUCAGUCCGAUGAAUGAUGUGAAAUCAUUAUCUUAUGGACGAAACAUCUAUGAUAGUGGCAAAGAUGUAGAACAAAGUUCAAUUUAUUAUUCAACUCACUCCAGUAUGCAUCAUCAGUAUUAUCAGCAAAAUCACCAUCAGGCAGUGGCUAAUGGUCAUCACCAUCAUCACCAUCAUCAUCACCACCAUCAACAAGACAUGCCAUCGGCUUAUGAAAUUAUGCUUCCACCUACUCAGCAUUCUAUGUGACCCAUGGAAUAUGGCAGUAACCGCGAGGAUCAAUUUCAUCAUUGCCAAAGUUUAUGCGAUGAUAUUGUAGCUCGCGCUCAUUCUUUCGCUUAGUGAAUGAAAAGUUUUUGAGAUCUCUCUAUUGAUUUUUAAAAUCGAAAAGAAAUCUUUAGUUUAUGAAUAAUAAAUCAAAGAUUACAUUUAGUCUUAAACCUAAAACAUGCUAAUGUUAUUUUAAUGAAAUCUAUUUUAUUAAAUAAACGUACUUGGGUGAUUCGUUUGGAGCGACUAUUUCUUUUUCACUUCCACUCGAAAUUAUUGUUAUAGACAUUGAAAAAAAAAAUUCCUUGUAAGUUUCAGCCCUUAACUUUAAUUUUAAGUACUUAUAAUUGAUUUUGAAGUUUUCCCAUUUAAAAUACAUCGGAAAGUUAAGAUUUUUUUUCAAUUCUCUAUAACUCAGCAUUUUAACUUAUCAAGUCGCCGUUUGCGGCAUUUUGUAGAUGAUUUACUACUCUUCAAAGUCUCCUUAGUAAUUUUACUGGGACUCGGAAAAAACAAUUAGAGUCCGAGUAAAACUACUAAGGAGACUUUUGAAGAGUAUUAUAUUAUUUACAAAAUGCCGCAAACGGCGACCCGAUAACUUAAAAUGCGGCUGAGUUAUAGAGAAUUGAAAAAAAAUCAUAACUAUCUUAUGUAUUUUAAAUGGGAAAAUUUCAAAAUCAAAUAUAAGUACUUAAAAUUAAUAUUAAGGGCUGAAACUUGCAGGGAUUUUUUUUUUCAAUGUCUAUAACAAUAAUUUCGAGUGGGAGUGAAAAAAAAAUAGUCGCUCCAAACGAAUCACCCUAAUACGUACUUAAAAAUCAAUAAUGUGAAGCAAAUUUGACAAUUUUCAAUAUUUUGAUUCAGCCAUGGAAAUCUAUAAAUUCCUAAAACAGAUGAGAAUCCCUACAUACUAAAAUUAUACGUGAAUUAAUGUAGUAUUUCAAUUAUUAUAAACUAAAUUAUUAAUAUUAUAACAAAAAACAAAAAAAUACACAAGUAUAAAUAUGUAUGCUUUUGCAUACAUAUACGUAAAUAUGAAGGAAAAAAAAUAUUUAUUAAGCAUGUAUAGAAAUUCUGAUUGAUAAACAUACAAUAUAAGAGAUGUAAAAAUGAUUGAUCUGAGUUAUUAUAAUAUUGUAAAUAUAGUUUGAUGUUAUGUAUAAAUGUUACUAGAUUGUGUAAGUAAUGUAGAUAAAAAAUUUACUAUGUAUUAUCACAAUUCAGUUUCUAAUAAAUAGUGCUUAGUCAUUUAAAUUGAUAAAUUUGUUAAUAAACAUGCAAUUUAACAAAAGCUUGUGCUAUAGCUAAAAAUAUUUUGUGGGCAAGGGGCUCUGGUUAAAUAUUGCGAUUCAAAGUU